ACAUAUGUGUACAAUAAUGGUAAAAAAGAAUGGGUUAAAGUAUUGAAAAAGAGUCAGACGAAUCCUUUCAGGGUCCCUGUACUUGUACUUCGGAAAUUACGUUUGAAGAGACCAGAGACAAAAACAUUUAUGAUGAAAGGAGUCCCGUCACUGAACAAACGGAUAGUACAUCAAAAACUAUUGACCCUACAGAAACUGAAACAGAUGAUGUUACGGAAACAGAACCCACAAUGAGAAUUUCCAAAGAAGCAGAGGAUGUGACGGGUGAUACCUCAGAAUACGAUGAUUCAAAAGAUGUAAGAGAAAUGGAAGAAGCCCCGAAGAAAAAAUUUAAGCUUGACGUUUUGGAACAGAAUAUUAACGCCUUGAGUGAAAAAUCUAACACUAAGCAGAAGCUUGAUAUGUCAGAAAAGAAACCUCGAAUCUCCGGAAAUCUUAGGGUUUCAAAAGGCUACAGAGUCUCGACAAGUCAAAAUCGACAGGAAAAAUCUAAGCUUAAUGUCCCGAAAAAGAAUAUUGACGCUCCGAUAGACAAACUUAAAAUUAAGCAAAAUCCUGAGACAUCAGAAGAGAAACUUGGAGUCUCAGGAAAUCCUAGAAUUUCAAAAGACCUUAGAGUCUCGAAACAAAAUACUAGGAUGACAGAAGAGAGAUCUAGAAUUUCAGAACAAAAGCCUAGAAUUUCAGAACAAAAACCUAGAAUUUUAGAACAAGAACCUAGAAUUUCGGAGGAAAAAUCUAAGCUUUCAGAAGGUCCUACCAUCAUUGAACAAGUGUCUAAGAUCUCGGAGAAAACUUCUAAGGUCUUCAAACAAAAACCUAGGAUACCAGCAGAAAAAUCUAAGAUUUCAGAGGAAAAGCGUAUGACUUUGGAACAGAUACAAGCGAUUUCAGAAGAACCUACAGAAAUCGAUACGAUGCAUGAAGAAUUAUCUGCUGAUCCGCAAAUUGAAACCACAAAAGUCGAUAAAGCAAUUGAGACACUCGAUCAAGAUAAAUCUACUCAAACCAAAACUUAUAAACGUGAUCGAAAACGAACAAGAGAAGAGAGCAAAAUUUUAGAGGCAAAAAAAUCUAGCAGACCUUCUAAAGUGCACAGUAAAGAGGGCGAAAAGAGAAAAAAAGUAAAGCAUCGAAAAAUCUGCAAACAUGAUACCACUAAGCGCGAUUUAAAACGAAGAAGAUGCAACUGUUCAGAAAAAUCAACAUUAACGGAAGGGGAGGAAUUUUGCCCUACCAAACGUAGAACGAAGUUAAAAAUUGUCGAUCGAUAUAUUCCUAAAAUAUGCGUUUCCACGCGUAGACCGAAAUCAAAAGCAUUAAGCCAAUUCGUCCCGGAAACGUGUUUCCAGAGGAGAGAAAUGGAGCAAUUUGAACCUAGAGAAGAACUGUAUCCAACACGCGAAUGUGAAUGCAAACAUAAAACAGAGAGUUACGAAACGGACACUAAUAGGAGUUACAUUUUUGAAAGUCCUUGCGAGAUCAUUACAGAUGAUAGUCCACAAGUGAUGCAAGAAAAGUUCGAACUGCCUAAGGUAAAGAAAUAUUUGCCUAUGUAUCAGAGUCCGGAAUUAAUCGAAGAAUUAAAAAGGCACGAUCGCAUGAGAUUGAUUCAAGAAAAAGAAGCUGCGAGUCGUAAACUCGGGAGUUCUUUUCGAUCUUCAGAUACUUCAACAUAUUCCAGAAUGGAAAAUCGGAGAAUCAGUCAAUCUACUGCACCCGACUGUUCAUUCAAAGUAAUUGAAGAGGAUGACAGGCUACGUUAUCAGGAAUCACAGGCGUAUAGAAGAGUUUUAUGCGAACUUAAAAAACGAGCCAGAUCCCAAAGAAGAGGUAGAAGACCUGAUGAGAGCAUACCCUUAAUAUGCUUAUCCCAAAGAGCGGACACAAGUAGAAGAGUAGAACAAUUAUAUCCGACAGAGCGUCGAGCUCGAAAAAAGCCAGAUGUACUGAGGAAAUUUGCUCAUAAAAUAUUCAAGCCAACUAAAUAUAAAAGAUCCAAAUGCAAGGUGCACGAAGAACAAACUACAUUUGAACCAUCAGGAGCUUCGCAUUAUGACAGUUCAUACGAUCCAGAAAUAUUAACAGAGAUAUCGUCUCCCUGUAAAUGCAUCAAAAUGAUACAUGAAUCUGAAGCCUGGAAGUCCGCUGAUACGAGCGACAAUGACGACGUCACUUAUUGCCAAUGUAAAAGUACUUGA